CUCGAAAAGGUGCGCGGUCAAGAUGGCGGCUCGGAGUGUUGUUGCGAAAGGAAAAAACGUCCCAAAAUGGGCUUUAGAUUUAACGAACAGGUUCGUUAGGGAAAUAAAUAGUUGGAGUAAUUAUAAGUACAGGAUUUAGACUUUGUGUUGUUGUUGUUUAGAAGUCAGAAAUAUGAAGACAUGUGGUUUUGUACAGCUGUGAAGUUCGAAUUGAGUAAUUGACGAAUUGUAAAAAGUUGUAAAUAAGAUAUUUUCAUGCCAGACGGGCUAUUUCAUGUCCUACCGUUUGUUGGGCUUAGAAUAAGAAAUAUGCAAGUUUUGCAAAAUUUUGUACCUGCCAUUCAAUAUGGUUGUGUUAAUGUUUCUAUUUUAGUAUUAAUUUUACAGUAUUUGUAGCACCAGCACCAAAACGAGGCUUGGUGUUGCAAACACAACUAAAAUUUCCAAAAGGCACAUAAGGAAUACACCUUCCCGGAAAGUAUGUCACCUUGGCUUUUUGUUUUUGUGAUAUCAGUUAAAGCCUAACGUCUCGAUCAUGAAAACGAGGCUCUAUAGCCAAGAUCACAUACUUUCUGGAAGGGCGUAUUGUUGAAACUUACAACUGACACACAACCAUGUUUUGUAGACAAACAGUCCCUGAACAAAAUGUCUAACAUGGUGUGUGUUAGUAUGUUUUCUUUCUAGUAGAUUUUAAUACUAAUAGGCUAAACUAAUCACUGGAUUCCUCAGCUACAUGCAUCUACACUUUAGUUAACUGAAUUUGAGGUUCUUUAGACCAAAGUACAUGCCCAUUGACAAGUACAGCCAUCAUACGACAGAGCUUGCUGACCCAGCUGGAUAUACAGAAAAACAACUGGCAGAUACGGCAAGUGCUUGGAGAUCUCGUUUAACAAAACUGCCAUUUUUUCACGGUUACUAAAUUCUUGUUUCAUUUCGUAGGAUGCUCAUGAAAUUGAUCACAAUCUAAUCACAAAGGUGACAUACCUACAUACUUUUAUUCCACAUUAAUGCUUUUAUGAAGGUGGUCUGACUACAGAUAUUUGCUCAUAUUUUUGACAGAUGACGACAUAUCUAACCUAAUAUCCAAAACCCUGACAUCCAAAAAUUGCAUUCUAACAAGAAUUUGCCAUGUUUUUAGAAAUCAUGGGAUAUUGCUAUUGGUCCACUAAAACAGAUACCAAUGACGUUAUUUAUAAUGUACAUGGCUGGUAAUACAAUCUCGUUGUUUCCAAUCAUGAUGGUAGGCAUGAUGUUCCUGAAGCCAGUUAAAGCCUUGUUUUCAAUAUCAUCAGGUAAAGAUAGGUACAUAUCCCUCCCCAUUCAAUUCAGUCAAGUGAACUCACAGAUGGAUUUUCCAAAGGAUGCAACCCCUCCCCCUAAGAAAAAUUUGCAAGCCCCCUCCCUGAAAGUCACCACACAACCCAGAAAAGCUUAGCACUCUUGCCAGUCCCCCUCCAGAAAAAGUCCACCCCAGUAAAUCUUAGCACCCACCCUGAAAAGUCAACACAUCCAGUAAAACGUAGCACUUUCACCCUCCCGGAAAAGUUGGACUACUGUCUACAUGAGCACCAUCUAUUCCAGUUACAACUGCACAAGUCUAUUUGACAGAUCAAAACAAAACCUGCCAUCACACUAAAUUCCUGUCAUUAUCUUCCAGCAUUUGCGACACUAGAAGGUGAACAAUCCUUUCUAAUGAAGAUCAUUUACCUACUGGGGAAUAUUGCGUUACUAGUGAUAGCAUUAUACAAAUGUCAGUCUAUGGGUCUGUUACCUACCUCACCUUCAGAUUGGAUUGAAUUUGUAGAACAUAAAGAGGUAUGAUUUCUCGAUCUAAAAUCUCGUAUUUUUUUAUAUUCCUCAAAAACGUGUCAAAAUAAUAAAAGCUUUGACCAUGUCAAGAAUACAAUACAGCAUGUAUAUUUGUUAAAAAUAUUGAUUCAGGCUGAAAAUUAAGCGUAUUAAAAAUAUGAAAUGUUGUUGCGAUGAAAUAUUUCCCUGUAGUAACUGCACCUAACAAAAGUGUUCUUGAUUACUUUCGAUGUGCAUUCCAAAUUACGUUAACUACCAUUCGAAACGUAAUUAGAAUGCAGUGUUUCUCAAGAGUACCAUGACUACCAUCGUUCCAAGAUCUCACUUUUCAAACGUUCUUUGUAGAGACUCGAGUUCUCUGGGGGAGGCAUGGCUCUAAGUUAACCACCAAGUAACUCGUCCUCAUCAACCUUUCCAUCAUCCAACUUCACCGUCGCCGCUUGAAUGAACCUUGCAAGGAGAAAAAUUAUUCUGGACUACAUAAAGGAUAGUUAGGUUAAAUGUAAAACUACGUGGACUAGAAUUUUAAAUCACUGAAAAAACCAACUGAAGAUUACGUAGAUUCAAACAUCCUGUAAAAUAUGUUGAAUUGAAUAAAGUUAAUUACAGGAGAACAAAAUUUUGGGCGAAAGUGUACCUUUGUGCUUCUUGCCACUUCCUGACUUCCCAAAUGACUACAAGUAUAAAACAAGAAAAAAAACUGAAAACUGGUUCUGACAGUUUUUAAAAUGGCAACGAGAUUGCAAAUGAAGAUGAACGACAAACAUAGAUAUUUAUACUAACCCUUGACUUUCGCUUCUUCCUCGAG